AGAGGAGGAGGGGAGGGGCAGGAAUGCAGUCCAUACCGAUGUGAUGGUGCUGCUCUGAAUGCCAGUCUCUGCCAGUGUCACUGCAACUCUACGAACCAGAAAUUACUGGAGUGUUGCACCGCGCAAAACAUUUCAGUAGCGUAGCUGAUGGAAACGGAGCCCGUUAGACAUGUGCGCGAACGUUUUCGGCGCGUUGAAAAGCCUGUUUGGGAAACCCUUUGAUGGUGGGAAGAGGACGAUGGAUCAUGGCAGUCAGCAGUCACAGACUCAACAGAUGCCAGGACCUUUCCCAGGUUAUGCCGGACCCCAGGGCCCGUAUCCUGGGCAGCACCCAUCCCUGUUACGGCUGGAUGAGGUGCAGAGGGAGAUCGCCACCCUGGGCCCACAGGUGUGCUCUUACAGCGGCCUGCAGAGCGACAGAGAGUACAAACGACUGGAGCGAGAGCUGACCCGAUUAUUGCUGGAGGUGGAUAAGGUGGAGACAGAGGGCCGGCCGGAGCUUCAGCAGGCCCGGAAGCGUGCGGCGGGAGAGGUCGAGGGUCUGCUUCGGUACCUGGAGGGUAAUGCUACGCAUCCAUCUCGGCUGGCCAUUGAGGAGCUGACCCAGGAGGCACAGAACAUGCUGAACGAAGGGGUUGUGGGGCCGUUCCGGCAGGGCCAGGCUCUAGAAGCCUUUGAGAUCAGUGAGGAGCUGGUGGAGGCUGUGCAGGACGUGGCCAUGCGGCUGGCUCAGGUCAAGACGGGUGGGAGCGUACCACUCAGGAAGGCCCGUUACAAGGCGUUGACAAGGGUCUGUGCUGUACAGGAAAUACUAGAGGGCCGUGUACGCACUAAUACGCUGGCGCUGCCGCUCUCUGACGACACGCACGAGGCCGUGCAGCGCAUUAAUCAAGUUAUGGCGCAGGUGAGUGGUGCCCGCUGCCAGGAAGUGGCUCUGCUGAUGGGUCUGAGUGGGCGUGAUAGCUGUACCCACCUAGCAAGGAUCCUCACAGAGCUGUUGGUUGAACUGGACGCCCUGGAUGUGUCUAGUAACGCUGCUGUGAGGAACUACAGAAAACAAGUGGUGGAGGAGAUCAAUGGUCUACUAAAACAUCUUGACCUGGAGGGAGAAGGAGAUGACACACGCAGGUAUGAUCUAGCGCAAAAUGACUCGAUUCGUGAAAUCGAGGCGAUUAGGGGGCGUGUCUCAGUGCUGCGGGAGGAGGUGCUCCGGCAUGGUGCCACAGGACAGGGGGCGGAGCUGCAAGGUCUCCUUACGCACCUGGAUCAGGUGGACACGGGGCGAAAUCCCUGCAUCCGGGAGGCACGGCGCAGGGCUGUGUUGGAAGUUCAAGCACUCAUCACCUUCCUAGACCUCUGGGAGGCCCUAGGACGUCGUAACCCUGGAGCAGAAGAGCCUCCACCUCACGCGGCCGUGUGGCGUGUCUUAGCCAGCCUGUGCGAACUCCAGGCCCAGGUGUUGGGCUUUGACGGCAAGAGGGCUGACAAGAGCUACAUGGUAUUGGAAGAGCUACUGACCAAACAACUUCUGGCUCUUGAUGCUGUGGACCCUCAAGGGGACGAGGGGACCAAACUUGCCCGCAAGCAAGCUGUUAAACACGCCCAGAAUAUCCUUAGUUACCUGGAUAUGAAGACAGAUGAGUGGGAGUACUGAGAGGCUGAUAAGAGACUGCAGUAUUGCAGAGAUUUCCCUGAAUAAGGAGCCGCAAGAAAAAGGCAAAAGCUUUUUUGCCUCGUGUGCGACAUCAGGACAAGACACGGCCGUGCCGAGGAUACAGGCCAUGGGCGGAAUUUUUAAUUUGUAUAUAAAAGACUUUGUGUUUCGCCGUGGGCAGCGAGACUGUUACCCAUGAUGCACUGCACCUGCUGCUUUUGUUGGUCCAUUACUGGUCCCUGAAAACAGCCUUUCUUCUGGCAGAAGGAAACCCGGUUUCUACUGCCAUGAAGCAUUUGUUUUCAUGACAAUAAUCCAUGAUCUUUUUAGUUGAAUCUGUGCUGUUGAUUGGUGUGGUGUGGUGCUAAACCCUGUUCUGCUGCCAAAAUCUGCUUCCUGCUUUACCACAUGCCUGUGUGGAACAAAUUUCAGUCUUUAUCACGGUGUGAACACAUCAGCUCUUCAUUCCUAUCCAGUUAGAGCCAUAUAGGAGCACACUCACAGUCCUGCUAUGACCACAACAGGUUGUUCAGCGGGCCAUUUCCCGUUAAUCACACAUAAUGGAAAAGGCAGCCCAAGCUUAGUAUUCAUAGGUUUAAUCUCUUCUCUGAAUUGCACUUUCAGAGCCUAGGUUCCUCUCGUUACAGUUAUUAGCUGCAUAUAAACAAGAACUGACCCUACAUGUGGGAACAAUUGUUUUUACAUACAUAUAUCCCAUUAAGAAAAUUGUAUCUUAAAAUAGAUGACGCAGUAAAUAAACAUUGGUUUGUGAUAUUAGUUUAAAGAUGAAGUGUGGAAUUUUAUUUUAACAUGAAAUUACACACUUCACCUUUUAAAGAAGACUUUUUGACAUCAAAGAAGAAGAAUGUGAGUAAACCAGUGAGAGAAACAGCUAAAAAAAAUCAAUCAGAUUUCUAAUCCUUCCUGCAGUUUUGCCAUAUUUCAGAGGGUCGAGGUCAAAAUUGCAAUGAGGUAUUGUCUUUGGAGACGUUUCUUUGUGGUAUCGAUAUGGAGGACAAAAAUAGAAACUAGUUCACAAUUUGCUUUUUUUGCUGUUAGGCAAUAAGUGCCUGUGCAAGCCACCAGGGAAUAGAGCAGAGACUGAAAGAGCGUAUCUGUGAUUGUUUUAAAAAAAAAAAAAAAAAAAAAAAAAAAAAAAAGUGGUGCAUGCUAUUUUGGUAGUGAGACUGAUCAAAGUGGACAGGGGCGUUCUAGAACAUUUUCACUGGAGCGGCAUGGAAAGACAGCAAGCUAUCAAACAAGCACUGAAAAACUGGCUACAUUCACACAGUUGAAUGUGACCCAAAUCUGAUUUUUCAAAGGGGGACAGCAAAAAAUACAUUUAAUAUGACAUUUUAACCAUAUAUUAAAUAUAUGGUUCACUUUCAUAUGUGGGAAUGAGUUGGUUAAAGUGAUUUCCCCCAUAUGACUGUAUUGUGAAUUCAUAUAAGAUUUUGUUUUGCUUUUUUAUUUACCCUUGAUUCCAAAACAUUUAUGUAUUACAUUAUAUAAAGUAUUACACAGAAAGGUGCAAAAGUAUAAAACUUAUAAUUGUAUAAAACAAAUGUUGUGGCACUUUGAACUGUAACUAUUAUUAGUCACCACUGUGGGUUUUCAUUGGCCAAUAUGAAUACAGUUAUCUAGAGAGCAGAUGGUUGAUAUAGGAUAAUACAAUAAGGCAAUAAAGUGCAACAGGUGGGUUCCGGAAAAAUCCCUUUCAUUUUCUCUACAGGGGAAUUGAUUUUGAAUCAUAACUACUGUGAGCUACUUGGUUGUUAGUCGAUGCUUUAUUUCAGUUUGUUUUUAAAUAGUGUUCAAUAGCAGAAUUUCUGGUAAAAAAAAAAAAAAAACUACAUUACCUGUGAUCCUGGGGAGAAAUCUCCAUUCUCCACCAGUCAGAGAAUUGAGACUAUAGUGAAUCGCGACAAAAGAACUCUUUAGCACUCUCCCACUACCAUGAAGCACUGGCAAAUUACGUAAUAGAGUUAAUCUCCCUACACUUUUGAGCUACUUAAAUAUUUAUAUACAUAAUAUGCAUAUUUUGCAAUAAACGUAACUUUAACUCAAUUUCUCUAUAAUUUUUAUUUCGAUUUUUAUCAUUCACAAUGCUUCAUGCUUCCUUAAAGCUGUUAAAAAGUCUAGUACCUUUGUCUUUUUGUCUGAUUUAAAAAUUAUUUUUCUGCUUUAAAUCAAAAUUUGUAAUGUAAUUCACUUCCUAGCUGGUUGGAUUGGUUUAUGGCUUAUAACUUAAAUUAAGCCUUUUUUUUUUUUUUAAUCCCACGGGGAAAAAAUGUGAAGGGAAAAAAAAAAAAACUUCCGGAACCAAGGCCACUGAAAAUGUGAAUGGGCGCUGUUGCACUCAAAACAACACUGAAAUUAAACACGCAUGUAUUUACACAUUAUUUCUUUGAUUCGAUUCUAAAAUAUUUAAAAAUGGAAAUUAUGCAUUGACGUUGACAAGGCUGUCUGUAGACUCGUGGAAAUAACAUAAGGGACGCAAGCAAGGCGUAAUCAGUACACGUACAGUAUAUCGAUCCAUCACUAGUAUUGAUAGAAAGUGACAAUACAAAUUAAAUGUUCUAAUUUCAUUUAAUAACAAAAAUGUCAUAUUGAAAUUUUAUUAUGGAAGUAGUUGUUGUUGAAGAACAGGGUCAGCAUGCACACAUUAGUGGUAUUUUGGAACGGUUUAGUGAACAAUUCAAUGACUCCCCUAAAGUUCACGUUUAUUCUUGAAAAGUCACUUUUUAAUUUUUAAAUAAAUUGGUGUAUUUGAACUAAUUGUUUGAGCAUUGCCUGUUUAGAGCAGUGUUUGAUAUGGACCACAUUUAAAAGGUCAUGUAAACAGCUUCACAAAAAAACAGAUGAAAAAUUAAUUGGGCACUUUAGCUUGCAGUGUGAAGCAGUCUGUUUAAACCCCUCAGAGACUGCUGAAUGUGGGAGUAGCUUGUCUGUGGUAAAAACCGCAGGAGUAUCCAGUUCUGCCGUUUAAAAUUUGACCACAGAGGCCAGGUGAUGGCCGAACACACACAUAAAUAAUAUAUUCUGUCAUCGGUAUCAUGCUGGGCUGUUGAGCCUCUCUUUUCAUUUCAACUAUCUGUGCUGUCAGUAGUUUACAAUGGCUUGUUUUGACCUAGAACUGUGACAGUCCUCUGUUUGGCUGUUUAUUUCGGUCGUGUCCCACUUGCUGUGUGGUCACUACCCUCUGUCCUGCUCUACAUAAGGGCACGUCCAAUUAAAAGGACACUCAGCAGUCAGGAAGCAACACCACAGUUAUCAACAAAGAAAUCAGGUUGUGCUUGGAUUACACCCAGACACUCAUAUCUAAGGGCAUUCUUUUUGAAAAAAAUUAAAUAAAAUGACAAUAAAGGCACAGGGGCCAGAAGUGAGUGGUGCUGGUCAUGGUCAGAAGAAAUUAAUCCAGACUUUGUCAUCAGACAGCCGUUGUCUGGCAGAGUCCCCUGCGGUGGGCAGCACUGGCAGUUCAGCUGAGGAGGAUCCUACAUCAGUCAAGGUGAAAUACACGCUCCAACAGCACUUUAAAAGCAACCUUGCACUAGGCGUUGGCGUUGUUUUGUGCACCUCUUCUAAACCCACAUAUAUGACAAAGAUGUGAGCUAAUAUUGUCAGUUCUGUGCAACCAGACUUUUUUUGUUUGCUGUUUUUCCAGCACAAUAUGCAUUGGCUGCACACACACUGCAGAUAAAUAUGGUUGACGCUCCUCAUUAAAUCCAUGUGGUAUAACUAGUUGUUAAUGCAGUAGUGCUGCCUAAUAUACAGGCAGAUUGUCUGAGGUGCAGUGCUAGAAAAUCAGUUAUGUAUCUCAUUUGCAAAUCUUGAUACCUGUCUGUCUACCGUAGUUACAUCAGAGGUUCUCUGCCCUGAGGUCACCAGAGAUUUCUAUAACCUUUUAGCUGUAAGGGGCUGUUCAUCCUAGAUGGAGAACAAAAUGGGUCAUAAUGCAAGGGUCUGAAGAUAAAUUUUUCAAAGCUGAACUACUGAAGUCAUGAAAAAACAGAAGUAGCAAGAGAUUUUUUUUUUUUUUUUUUUUUUUUUUUCAUAUUGUGACAUCUGACGGAACAUAUUGUUUCAAAAAAGAACAAUUUUUGGAUUUGGUUCUAUCCAUCGGUUGUUAAUUGGAUGGAGGCAGAUCUGAAUGUGAGCUUGAAGUCGAUUUUAAGAAAAGGGGCGGGGUUUAAGCGGAUGAAAUGGUGCGUUCAUGUCAUGUUAUAAUUAACAUAAUUUCGAGAUGACAACACGUGACGUUCUGAGCUGUUAUGCGUUUCAUGCGUUUCUAUGGCAAUACUAUCAAUGCCUAAAUGAAUCUGCAGCGGUCAUGUGGUACAAGUAGGAGCUCUCAGAAAUUUCCCAGGUUUCAAGUUGUAAUUACGAGCUCUACGAGGAUGGAAGUUAAAAUCUCGUAAUUACAGUAAUUACCACAUGGCAUGUGUCCGGCAUGUGUCAUCAGACAAGUCUGAUGUUUCACUGGAAGAUUGCGUUAUGAGACUUUGAUUACAAAUUUAAGGUCCAAAAUAAAUGUAAUUAAAUAACAUGGAUUUAUUGUUCACAAUAAGAUGCAUUUAGAAAAAAAAAAAACAUCUACACCAAACGCGAGUGGGUGACAUGACAAAAGCGAACAGAACCCAUUAUAAUCAGUGAUGCUGUCUACACUUGAAGCGACAGGACACAACAAAUUUCAGACAUUAAACUGAUGAACAUUAUAUUUCUGACGUACUCCAAGUGCUCGCGCUACCUUGACAUGAAAAACAAAUGGAUUUGCAUUUGGGUCGCUUUGUCAUGUCCAGUUUUGACAGCCUCAAGCUGUUGUGGCACGAUGCAACAUGAUUUGUUUCGCAGGUAUUUUACCCAUAUUUUGUGUACAUUGUGUUUUAGGGUUAAACGAAAUGUCCAUAAACUUAUCCUAAAUUAUCAGAAGUGCCCACAUCUGGAGCUUUAGGUCAGUUCAUAGGUGUAUCAAUCUAAGUUGUCUUUCUUAAAAUGUUAUUAGGACUUUCAUAUUUGACAUGCAUUGUCAAUCUACAUCAUUGUAGUCUGCAUUCCAGAUUCCAAUAGCUGCCAGAUCUCUCCACAGCUCUACACAGACGAUUGGUCUGUCAGAUCUGAGUCAUACUGAAUUCUGCUAAACUAUCUCCAUGGUUAUGGUCACAAAUCAAAUCCAUUCCGAUUGUUGAAUGACACUCAAUAGCAGUUAAUAGGUCAGCGAGUCACCUAGAACUAUUACAGUUCUUUUGUAUGUGGUGAAUUAAUAUUACUUUGAUUGUAUUAAAAUGAGCUUUAAAACAGAUAUUUGACAUGAUAUGAAGACCAAGUUCAUUUGUUACACGGCUCUAUUCCUGCUUUAAUGUAAUGAGCGAGCGUUGCACCUGUCUUUGAAUAUUUUGUUUACGGCAGUUACAGUCUUUAUUAGCAGUGACAUGGUUGAUGUGAGAUGACAGGCGUCAAAAUUGUUGUUAGGUGUAAAAACACCAUGCAGUGUGAAGUCUUUUUGGAUGCCAUACUGAAGUUCAUCGCUACGAACAACAUAAAACACAUUACAGUACCUGCAAGAAAGAGAAUGUAAUGAAGAAUGUCCAUCUUUUUUUAUACCAAAGUUAAUUCCGUCCUGUUUUUAACUUCCAUUAUCUUUGUAAUCACUGAAACUCAGUAUAUACAAACCAGAAAAGGUAAAACUUCCCACUCUAGCUUUUGGUUUUCCUUAUCUGACUAUAUGUCUGGAAGAAUGUGUUUUUUGUGGUGAGCUGUGAGAGUGUAUAAAUGUGUCAUGCUAUUUAUGAUGUUCGACGCAUUGUGUAUAUUGUCUGGUUUAUGCUUGUUUUAAAAAAAAAAAAGCACAUUAAGUUCAAACUGCUGUGUGAAUGCUUUGGUCAGCGGGUUGUUUGAUUUUUACAUGUCUACAAUGCUAAAUAAAAGAUGGUGAUCUGGAAAUAA